CAAUUCUCGCGAGAAGUAGAGCGUAGCCCUUGGAGAGGGGCGGAGGCGCAGAGGUGCACCACGUGGGGGUUCCGCCAGCGCGGAGUCGGUGUCGCUUAGCUUGGGUCUAGGUUGGAGCUGGAACCGUGGAGAUGCGGAAGGAAACCCCACCUCCGCUCGUGCCCCCGGCGGCCCGCGAGUGGAACCUGCCCCCCAAUGCUCCCGCCUGCAUGGAACGGCAGUUGGAGGCUGCACGGUACCGGUCUGAUGGUUCCCUUCUGCUCGGGGCCUCCAGUCUGAGUGGUCGCUGCUGGGCUGGCUCUCUGUGGUUUUUCAAGGAUCCGAGUGCGGCCCCCAACGAAGGCUUCUGCUCUGCGGGCGUCCAGACCGAGGCCGGAGUAGCUGACCUCACUUGGGUGGGAGACAAAGGUAUCCUAGUGGCCUCAGAUUCAGGUGCUGUUGAAUUGUGGGAGCUAGAUGAGAAUGAGACACUUAUUGUCAGCAAGUUCUGCAAGUAUGAGCAUGAUGACAUUGUGUCUACUGUCACGGUCCUGAGCUCUGGUACACAAGCCGUCAGUGGUAGCAAAGACUUCUGCAUCAAAAUUUGGGACCUGGCUCAGCAGAUGUCACUGAAUUCAUACCGAGCUCAUGCAGGACCAGUCACUUAUGUUGCUGCCUCUCCCCACAAGGACUCUGUGUUUCUUUCAUGCAGUGAGGACAGUAGAAUUUUGCUCUGGGAUACCCGCUGUCCCAAGCCAGCAUCACAGAUAGGCUGUAACGCCUCUGGAUUCCUUCCUACCUCCCUGGCUUGGCAUCCUCAGCAGAGUGAAGUCUUUGUCUUUGGUGAUGAGAAUGGAUCUGUCUCCCUUGUGGACACCAAGAACGCAAGCUGUACCCUCAGCUCAGCUGUGCACUCGCAGUGUGUCACUAGACUGGUGUUCUCUCCACACAGUGUUCCCUUUCUGGCCUCUCUCAGUGAAGACUGCUCAGUUGCUGUGCUGGAUUCAAGCCUUUCUGAGGUGUUUAGAAGUCAAGCCCACAGAGACUUCGUGAGAGAUGCUACGUGGUCUCCACUCAACCACUCCCUCCUUACCACAGUUGGCUGGGACCAUCAAGUCAUCCACCAUGUUGUGCCCAUAGAGCCUCUCCCGGCCCCUGGACCCGAGAAUGUUGCGGAGUAGAAUGGAUUUCAGAAAACAAGCUCUCUACUCGCAAGAAUCUACUUGCUUGCCCUGGCCUUCCGGUUGUGAGAGCACAGGAGCCUUGGAGAGCAUGUUUACUCCCCAGUCCUGCACAGUAAAUAGGCAGAUUCUCAGCUUGAGGGAGGCUGCAGCCCAUGUGACUGGGAGGAAAACUCCUUUAUAAGUGGAUGUGUGUGAGCACAAGUGUAUGAGGUAUUGAGUAGUUGGGGUGGGGAGUUAGCCUUCAGCUUUCCCAAAGCAGCGCUCUUUAUUCUCCACAAAGUGACCAGAAGUUUUCAUGUUUUUCAAGUCCAAGAAUUGGCUAUAUUGUUUGGGUUAUGGAAUGUGGGUAUUCCUAGAUUUUCUGACUCAGAGAUGGGGUAACUUAUUUUUAUAUACAUUAAAUAAUUCAUUAUUAAGGGAAAUACUUCCGUUCACAGAAGUCCAGCCCAGUGUUCCUUGAGAAGACACAGGAAAUACCACAAAUUUCUGUUAAAGUGAAUCAAAUUCAUUUUUCGGGUGAAUAAAUUUAGCUGUUGCAAUGUAGUUCUUGUUCACCCUUUGCUCUGCUUGUGCUGUAUGAGAGAUAUGAGUGUUUUCCUGUCCUAAAUUUCACAGAAAGUUUUAGGGAUGAUGAGCGCUUAAAGGUGUUCAGUGAAUUCAGAAAACGGACUUCGUUUGUUACAGAGAAAUCUUUGUCAUUUUUUUUUCUACUUAAAGAUUUCCUGAGGCCUGAUGACCUCUGGGCACCUUCCUCUGGAGAUAUGAAGUCUAAAUACUGUCUUUGGACUCCUGAGAUUUGAGAUCUAGUAUAGGGAACUCGGAAAUGCUGAAAGGUGAAGUAAAGACCUUCAUCGUUGACCUUUUCCCUACCUAAGCUGUUAUUUUUUACCUGCUUCACUUAGGUGAGUCACCAGAGUGUCAGUCUUACUGCCCAGUGUCUGUUUUCCACCAUUCCCAAUGCAGCUAGUUAAAAAGAACUUAAACAUGUAUUUAUACUUGCUAUUGGUCUAGCCACUCCAUUUAGAGUGUUGAUAAAUACUGAUUAUAUUGGAACUUAGGGGGAAAAAGUUAUAUACUUUUCCAGUUUAAAAAAAAAAAACACAUAAAGUGGUUUCCCCGAAAGAAUAUGGGCUUCCAUUCUGUACUUGGUAGUCAUGAGGCUCUGAGUAAAAGUCACAGUCAACCAGGGCUGGGACUGAGGGGAGUAUGGAUUUCUAUUGUUAAGUUACACCGAGAAAGUCAGAUGAGUAGGUGGACUUACUGUAUGCUGCUCAGCUUGUGUUUGUGGUCACCUAGGGAAGAAGAGCAGAUAGUACAUUUAUAUGGCCUGUUUCUUGGGCUUAAGACUGAUGGUGGUGGGUGAGACUUUAAAGAAAUAAGACUUAAAAAAUGACACAAAAGAAGAGAAGUUUUUGAAGAACUGUUACUAGUCAUUGUUUAGAAAUGAAGAGUAGCGUGGAUAAGAGCACGUUCUUAUGCUCCAGAGAGCCUAAGUUUGAUUCCCAGGCUCAUGACCACCUUAACUCCACAUCAGGUGCCUUUGGCCUGCACAUAAAAGUCUUUUAGAAGUUUCCUUUUAGGCCUGUAUUAAUAAAAAGUAGUUUACAUUGAUUAAUACUUGUCACAGAUGUAUGAACUCAGUCAAAGCCACAAAUAAUGGCCAGCAUAAUUUUGAGUGAUUGUAUAUUAUGAGUAAAGAAGAUAGUUCAAAAUAAAAGACCUGGAAAUAACCAGGACUAUGGCUGGAGUUGCAGCAGGUCAUUCAUUGUCUGAAGAAUUGUGCCAGUCCUGCAAGGCCCAGUGGCUGGGAACAAUGGGGGCAUUUUGCUUGUUGGAAAACAGUUUGAUUCAGGUUAGUGUUACUGUUCAAAUGUCUCAACACAAGUGACUGCUUUUCCUUAGCCAGUGUUAAACUGCUGACCCACUGUGGUCUGAGACAACCUGGAGUGAGUUCUUGGGAUGUGAAACACUGAAGGUCUGUAUAGUCCUGGGUGACAUCAGACAUUACUGAUUCUUUAGGUACCUCACUGUAGAACAGAUGGUCCCUGGUGCUUUAGUAAAGAGCCAUGUGGACAUUUCUUGUGGCUCACUGUCACAGCUCAAAAAUACCUAAACUCAGGGGCAGAAGAUUGUUUAGUGGGUAAAAGAGCCAUCUGACGGCCCGAGUUCAAUCUGCUACCCACAUGGUGAAAAGACUGUCCUACUCAGCAAGUUGUCCUCUGCCCACCUCUAUGCACAUAAAGAAUGUACCCAAAACUCAAACUGCUUUGGGCGUCUAUAUCUUUAGCUUAUAAGGAAGGGCAGGAUAUUGGGGAAGAGGCCUGUGUUCUAAAAGUCAUCAGCUUCAGAGGACGUCAUGACAUCGCUGUUUCUAGACAGGAGAGUAAAGAUACUGGUUUUUAAAAGGUACUGGAUGUGGACAGAAUGAGUGAUGUCCUGUAUUUUCUUUGUGUUUUGAUAAUUGUUUGCCUUAGCUUUGAGUUCACCAAAUAAAUGUGAAUAGAAAAAGACGAUAUACUAA